UGACCUUUAAAGAUGGCGGCCUCCAUGGGAAAGAAAGUUUGUUUUCGUUUUACAUGUGACUUUUAUAGUUCCUAGCAAGUGAAUAUGCUUCCAAGACGUACCAUCACCAUGUUAAAUCGGCUAGCGUGUCUCAGACUAACAUCACGCCUACUCAAUGUUCCCUGGGCCGCGGUGCAGUCUGGACAGAAUGUUGAAUCUGUUCUCCCAGCUGUCUUCUCAAGAACCUUUCAUGAAGACUUCUUGGACAAGCGAAUUAAAGAUCGGAUUAAACGUAAUCCUUUUGAUGAGCCCAAUGCUGGAGAGCUGUCACAGGAUCUGGACAGAGAAUUGAAGCGGAGACAAGUGAGUAAGAAGAAGGCCAUCAUUGGGAGAAAAUAUGGUUUCAAACCAAAGGGAGCUCAGCCCCGCUUGCUGACGUGGGAUGCCAUAGAACACAUCUACUUCUUGCGAGCUGAAUAUCCAAAGGAAUGGCCGCUGCAGAGACUUGCAGAAGGCUUUGGAGUGGACGUUGAUAUGAUCAUACGAGUCUUGAAGAGUAAACACAGGCCAUUGUCGUCGGAGAAGAGAGCACUUCACGAUCAGCAAGCCCUGGCCAAUCGCAGACAACUCGGCCUACCAGCCCUCCCUCCCAUACAGCCUGAACAGAGGAUAAGGAAAGCUCUACCACAGCAGUUAAAAACAGUCCUGCCACAGACAAAUCUAAAGAUGCUGUCACCUGUCCAGAAGGAGAUGGUACACCAUCUUGGACAGAUGAAACAAAGACUGGAGCAGAGAUAUCAAAGGGCUAUUACAGCAGGGCCAGGGACUGAAGAAAGCAAUGUUGUUGAAAUUGAACUUCGAAAACAUGAACCACAACAUCUUGAAGAUGUAGUCAAGGGCACAUGGAAGCCACAACAAGGCAGCAAAAGUUCUCGGAGUGGACACAAUGUGCAGCCAGUAGCUGGCAGGGCAGACUCUGGUGGUGAUGAUGAUGGCUAUAUGGUGGAAGACAUUGAUUUGGACUUGAUACAAGAAAGAUUUGAAGAUAUUAUGGAAAAGUACCCAAAUGUGGAUGAUGAGGAAGUAGUGGAAAAAGAUGGCCAGUUCUUUACUAAAGAUGGAGAUUUUUUGUAUAAAGUGUAAAAGGUGUAUGAUAAUGGGCUUUGUCUCAAAGGCAUGUCAUCUUUAUUGCAUUAUAAUUUGAAUGAAUAGAAAUCAGUAGAAUCAUACCAUUGCUAUCGUUGUCUUACUAUGAGUAGUAGUCUAGAACUCACAUGAUAUGUAUCAUUAGGAGUUUUCUACCAAGGCCCAAAAUGUCUAAUGAAAAACAUGUUCAUGUACUGUGAUGUACGAGGGCAGUUCAGUGAAGGUUUUGCAUCAUUACAACAGUAUGGCCGAAACUGUGUUUGAAUUUUGAGUGACAUAAAAUGUCUAAGUACUGACUGUUGUAGCAUUCAACAGGAUUAUCACAUUUCCAGAAAGCCAUGUUACUGUACCUAACACUAAGCAAAACAAGUACAACACAAAGAGAAUUUUACAAGCAACUGGAAUUUACAUGCAAUGCAGACAUAGAUAAACAUAUCUUAGGCUAUGGUGCAGACUACAUUGCAGCAUACCUCUCAUGUAUUCAAAACACUAGACUGUAAGUACAGAUGUUUCAGAGGUGAGGAAGUUCCAGUCCUAUAGCUCUCCCAACAUGUAGCUCUUUACACUAUACAUGUAUGUAUGUCCUGGAAAGAUGCAUCAGUUCCUGUUGAUCAUUCCAUUCAAUGACAUUUGCAUUAUCCCCUGGCUUUAAUUCAUUUAUCUUAUUUACAAUUAUUUUUUGAGGAUUGGCCAAAAAGUAGUAAUGUACAUCUAGGCCCUCUCCUCACACAGACAAAGUAAAAUAACAUCUGCAAAAGCACUGGCUCUGUUAACAAUGACUAUAAAGUAGUGGUACAUGUACAAUGUAUCAUGAAAAGGUCAUCUGACAUCAUAAACAUUGAGCAGAGACAGUUUCCUCAGUAUUGGUGCACUUGAGGUUGCACAUCAAAUGUCCAUCUCUUUUAAGCAUGUAACCAGGUUGCCCAUUCCCAGAGCCUGUAGAUGUUUGCUGAGGGUAGCCUUGUCGUUGCGGCUGGGGUUCUUUCCCCGCCAACGCAUGAAGGCCUGGAAAGCCAGUUCAGCUGUGUCUCCUUCUUUGGCUUUGUCCUGCAUAGAUGGAUUCAACAUUUGUAGAGAAAUUCAUGUGUGGUUGCCUUUUGAUAAAGUAAAUUUCUUUAUUUCACAAACAUUGAUCAAUGGCAAUAAAAUUCGUACAUCC